CGAUCGGCAGUUCUCAACAAUACUGAGUGCUUCUUUACACGGGAAAAGCUGCACGUGAGUGACGAUGGGAGCGAUAGGUGUAGCUGUGAUCGGAGGAGGGAUCCGAGGGCUGGUUUCUGCCUACGUUCUGGCCGAAGCCGGCGUUCCAGUGGUGGUUUACGAGAAACAAGAACGGCUAGGCGGCCAUGCGAAGACUGUCAACUUUGAUGCCGUCGAGUUGGACCUUGGCUUGUUGUUCCUCAAUCCAGCAAGAUAUGCGACAUUGUUGGAGACGUUUGAUAGCCUUGGAGUUGAUGUGGAGACGUCUGAUGUUUCCUUCUCCAUUAGCCAUGACAAUGGCAAUGGCUACGAGUGGUGCAGCCAAUAUGGUUUCUCAAACUACUUUGCUCAGAAGAAGAAAUUGUUGAACCUUUUCAACAGGCAUAACCUCAGAGAGAUUAUCAAAUUCGGGAAUGAUGUCGAGAGUUAUCUCGGAUCUGUCGAGAACAACCCCGACAUCGAUCGUAAUGAGACCUUGGGACAGUUUAUUAAGUCCAAGGGGUACUCUGAAAAUUUUCAGAACACUUACCUGGCUCCCAUAUGUAGUUCAAUGUGGUCCAGCUCCAAGGAAGAUGUCAUGAACUUUUCGGCCUUCCCGGUUCUUUCGUUUUGCCGCACUCACCAUUUAUACCAGCAAUUUGGGCAGCCACAGUGGUUGACCAUCAAAGGGCACUCACAUUUUGUUAAAAGGAUCAGAGAUGUGCUGGAGACUAAAGGGUGUCAAUUUAAACUUGGUUAUGAAGUACAAUCUGUUCUGCCAGCUGAUAACGCAGGUACAACUGUGGUCUGUGGAGACGGUUCCGAAGUAACUUACGGUGGAUGCAUAAUGGCUGUUGAUGCUCCCACAGCCCUAAGAUUAUUAGGAAAACAAGCUACAUAUGAAGAAACCAGAGUAUUGGGUGCAUUCCAAUAUGCUUCCAGUGAUAUUUACCUUCAUCGGGACAGCGGUUUGAUGCCGCUAAACAAAUCAGCUUGGGGUGCACUGAAUUUUCUCAAUAGUAGAGAUAACAAAGCAUGCUUAACAUACUGGCUCAACGCACUGCAGAAAAUCGAGAAAGUGAGUGAGCCAUUCUUUGUGACCGUCAAUCCAGACCGCACCCCAGAGAGUACCUUACUUAAGUGGUCGACUGAUCAUGCCAUUCCCUCUGUUGCUGCAUCAAAAGCUUCACUUGAGCUCGGUCAGAUUCAAAGGAAGAGAGGAAUCUGGUUCUGUGGCUAUGGCUUCCAUGAGGAUGAAUUAAAGGCUGGCAUGGAUGCUGCACAUGAUUUCUUGGGAAAGAAGUCUUCUGUUCUGUACAGUCCGAAGCAUAUGGCACCAUCUUUCAUGGAAACAACGGCACGCCUCUUCGUUACUAAGUUCUUUCAACAAUAUAUAUCUGUCGGCUGCAUAACCUUUAUAGAGGAAGGAGGCAGGAUUUUCACUUUCAAAGGAAACAUGGAAAAAUGUCCUCUUAAAACGGUCCUGAAAGUGCACAAUCCUCAGUUUUACUGGAGGAUUAUGAAAGAAGCUGAUAUAGGCCUUGCAGAUGCAUAUAUCCAUGGAGAUUUCUCUUUCGUCGAUGAAAAUGAAGGUCUUCUGAAUCUUUUCCGGAUACUCGUUGCCAAUAAAGAGAACUCAGCUACGUCGAAUAAAAGAAGGAGUUGGUGGUCACCUGCAUUGUUAACAGCUAGUAUAUCAUCUGCAAAGUAUUUCGUGAAGCAUCUCAUGAGACAAAAUACCAUCACGCAGGCGCGUAGGAAUAUCGCUCGUCACUAUGAUCUGAGUAACGAGCUUUUCUCCCUAUACCUGGGCAAAAUGAUGCAAUAUUCUUCUGGAGUCUUUAGGACGGGAGAUGAGCAUUUGGACGUUGCGCAGAGACGAAAAAUCAGUUCCCUAAUCGAGAAAACAAGGAUCGAGAAAUGGCAUCAAGUUCUCGACAUCGGGUGCGGUUGGGGAAGCUUAGCUAUCGAAACAGUCAAAAGAACAGGAUGCAAAUACACUGGCAUCACUCUAUCAGAGCAGCAACUGAAAUAUGCUCAAGAAAAAGUAAAGGAAGCUGGACUUGAGGAUAACAUCAAGAUACUUCUCUGCGACUAUCGCCAGUUACCGAAGGAACAUCAAUUCGACAGAAUCAUAUCUGUAGAGAUGGUGGAACAUGUGGGUGAAGAAUAUAUCGAGGAGUUUUACCGAUGCUGUGACCAAUUAUUGAAAGAAGACGGGCUUUUUGUUCUUCAGUUCAUAUCAAUCCCAGAGGAGCUUUCCAAAGAAAUCCAGCAAACAGCAGGUUUCCUAAAGGAAUACAUCUUCCCUGGUGGAACCCUGCUUUCAUUGGAUCGGAAUUUGACGGCCAUGGCUAAUGCAACAAGAUUCAGUGUGGAGCAUGUCGAAAAUAUUGGAAUAAGUUAUUACCACACACUGAGAUGGUGGCGAAAACUCUUCCUGGAAAACACAAGCAAAGUUCUGGCACUCGGAUUCGACGAUAAGUUCAUGCGGACGUGGGAGUACUAUUUCGAUUACUGCGCUGCUGGUUUCAAGACCGGAACCCUUAUAGAUUACCAGGUCGUAUUUUCGAGGGCCGGCAAUUUUGGUACGCUCGGUGAUCCGUACAGAGGUUUCCCGUCGGCGUAUUCCUUCAACGAUGAUUGAACUCCUUGUCGAAUAUCGACCCGAAAAGCAGGAUAAAGCCGCGGCUGCAUCUGUUUAGAAUAACCCUCUCUACUGUAGUCCCUACUGUUGUUUAGUCGUAUGUAGCAAGAAUAAGCAAAGACAAAUGCAUCUUCAUGAUGUCUGUAUCUGGUAGACUAGUUGGAUAUUAUGUCCAGUGUUUUCAUGGAA